AUACAAUGCAGCCCUCUGCUGUCAGCACAAGCUCUUAGUUACUUUCUGGUCCAAUUGUCCAGUAAUGCAGGACAUUGUUAUUUCCCUUUGUCAUCUUUGGUAUCAACAGCUGACUAUUCCUAGGACAGCUGGUGAUAGGGUCCCAGUGGCCUGGUCAGUCCCUAAAAUAACCAUUCCAGACAUUGUACGGAGGUUUAAUCCACUCAACACAUAAGGCAUGAGUUAGAAGCAUGGACAACAUGUUGCUGCUCCUCUUUCUGUACUUCACAGUUGUCUUGGCUAACAAUGAAGAAGAAAGGCUCCAGAAAAAUUUGAUGAACAACUACAAUAGAAACUUACGCCCAGCAAAAAAAGAUGGCGAUAUUAUAAGUGUCAGUAUAAAAUUGACACUUACCAACCUCAUCACUUUGAAUGAAAAAAAAGAAGCUUUGACUACCAAUGUUUGGGUUGAAAUGCAAUGGUCAGAUUAUCGUCUCAGUUGGGACCCUGAGAAGUACAGUGGCAUUAAAAUUACACGUAUACCAUCCACUGAGGUGUGGCUCCCAGAUGUUGGUCUAGAAAAUAAUUUGGAUGGCACCUUUAACAUUGCCCACUAUACUAACACUUUAGUAUCGUUUGAUGGCUCCAUCUACUGGCUACCUCCCGCCAUCUAUGAAAGUAGUUGCCCUGUGGUGGUCACAUAUUUCCCCUUUGACUGGCAGAACUGCUCCAUGGUUUUUCAGUCACAAACAUACAACGCCAAUGAGAUUGAGUUACUUUUGACAGUAGAAGAAGGGGUUACAAUUGAGUGGAUUACAAUAGACCCAGAAGCAUUUACAGAGAAUGGGGAAUGGGUAAUAAAACACAUGCCAGCCAAAAAAAUUAUAGAUCAUCGACUCACUCCAGAUGACAUCAACUAUCAAUCAAUUGUCUUCUAUCUCAUCAUACAACGGAAACCUCUUUUCUACAUCAUCAACAUCAUUGUUCCCUGUGUGCUUAUCUCAUUCGUCAGUGUCCUGGUUUAUUUCCUACCUGCCAAAGCUGGAGGACAAAAAUGCACAGUGUCUAUCAACAUCCUCCUGGCUCAAACCGUUUUUCUCUUCCUAAUUGCCAAGAAAAUUCCAGAGACUUCCACGGCUGUGCCACUGAUUGUAAAGUAUUUAACAUUCCUCAUUGUCGUCACUAUUACAAUUGUGGUGAAUGCGGUGAUAGUUUUAAAUGUAUCUCUCCGAACUCCAAACACACACAGAAUGUCCAGCUCCAUCCGCGAGCUGUUUUUAAGAAAGCUCCCUCGUCUACUUAGAAUGCAUGUACGCCAAGAUGAUAUAACCCCUCCUCCAGCUCCACUCACAAGACGCUGCAGUUCACUUGGACUGAUGAUCAAGGCUGAUGAGUACAUGCUGAAGAAGCCAAGAACCGAACUCAUGUUUGAGAGGCAGAAGGAGAGAGAUGGACUCAUGAAAAUUGUGCUAGAAAAAAUAGGCAAAGGAAUGGCAAAUGGCACUGUGCAAGAUCUCAUCCACAGUUUAAGCCACGCUGCUCCAGAGAUACGAGCCACAGUGGAGGCCUGUAACCACAUAGCAAGAACUACAAGGGAAAAGAACGAUUUUAAAAGUGAAAAUGAAGAAUGGAUACUGAUUGGCCGAGUGAUAGACAGAGUGUGCUUCCUCAUCAUGUUUUUUCUGUUCAUUUUUGUAUCCAUUGGAACGUUCCUGGCUGGUCAUUAUAACCAGGCACCAGCACAACCCUUUCUUGGAGAUCCCAAACUCUACCUACCACCAUCGGAAAACUCUACAUGAAAUGAUGUCUACAUACUAUCUGCCUUUGAGCCUUAAUGGUGUCUACCUCUUCAACUGGAAACAUGUAUUAGAUGUGCAUUUGGAAAGCGAAUGCAUUUUUCUAUUGGGUAGGCAGGUUCCAAGUAUUGUACAUGAGAGUAGGUUAGGAGAUGGUCUUGGCUGUGUGGCCAUCGGAUCAUAGGCACCACUUAUUGAUGAACAGCACAGAAGGUGUUCAGGAUUCAUUUGUGGAAUAUUUCGGUCUUACGAUUGGGCUUACCAUCAUGAAUAGUACCAAAUGACUGAGAAUAAUUUAUUUUAAAAGGUUCACAUCUGUGUGUUUAAACUUGAAAAAUGAAUGGUGAUUCUAGUUCUAGUUCUGGUCUAACGUUAAUUUCCAUGCUUUUUCGAGGUGGAAUUUAGUACUUACAGUAUGUAAACUCCGAAUACAAAAUACACCAUACAAAAUGAUGGGAUAUGUACAUAACUUCAAGCUGUAUUAAAAAAAAAGUGUAUUUUUGUAUGUAUAUAUUUUUAUCUGCUGUUGUUACAUUUAAUUGAUGGUUUUAAAGAGAUUUUCACUUUACUUAUUUACAUAUUUGCUGUUAACCGUAUAGAAAGUAAAUCAAGUUCAGUCAGGUCAUACCUGAUCUAUAGGUUUGCACUAAAGAAAGGAACAGUGAGUAAGAAGCAAAGCCUGUACUAAAUAUGACUGCCCCAAUAGACAUGUUCAUCUAUAAUAAACGGAUCCAUAAAAAAUCAUAAAAAUACUAUAGGUUUUAACACCGAUUUAAUGUUCUGCUAAAAACAUAUACGUUACUUAUGUAUUUUAUAAAUGACUGACACAUCAAGAGAUGAUUGAAUUUUGUAUACUAUGAUCCCUAAAUAGACUGCUAGAACAUGUUUAAUUUUGGCAUAUCUGAGUUUUUCACAGUCAAAAUGUUAUCCUAUUAAUUUCUCUAUAAUAUAUAAUACAAAACGGCUUCUU